UUAGUCUGGGAGUAAAAUAAUUUCGUAAAGACAGCACAUAGCCGCCGUCGCUGCCACCGCCUUUGACCGCCAAUCUCAGUAUAUAGUUCUUUUCAGUCUCUUCGCUGCAGCUUUCAAUAAACGGAUACGAACAGCUGCUUUUGCCUCGAAAAUGGCCUCUUUACACCUCAAUUUCCCUUCUUCCUCUACUCAACCACUUGUUUUUUCUCCUCUUCUUUCUAAUUUCAGGACAUCUUCCUUUAAUCUUCGUUUAUUUACUCAUCCUGCCAUUCCUUUCCGUUUCCACCACUCCAACCAUCGCCGUGGUUCCCUUCAUCUCAUUUCCGCCGCUUUCUCUGCCGCCAAUCAGACGGAGAUUGCCGGUACAGACAGCCGCGAUUCAGAGAAGAAACCGCUACUCGAGGUCAAAGAUUUAACGGCAGUGAUUGCUGAAUCCAAGCAGGAGAUUCUCAAGGGCGUAAAUCUUGUUGUCCAUGAAGGAGAGAUUCAUGCUGUUAUGGGAAAGAAUGGUUCCGGGAAGAGCACAUUUUCGAAGGUUCUUGUUGGUCAUCCUGAUUAUGAAGUGACAGGAGGCAGUGUUGUGUUUAAAGGGGAGAACUUACUUGACAUGGAGCCAGAGGAAAGGUCCCUUUCUGGGCUUUUUAUGAGCUUCCAAUCCCCAGUUGAGAUCCCAGGUGUGAACAAUAUUGACUUCCUUAAUAUGGCAUACAAUGCUCGAAGAAGAAAACUUGGUCUGCCAGAGCUUGGACCAAUUGAGUUCUAUGCAUAUCUGUUUCCAAAACUUGAGCUUGUGAACAUGAAGAGUGACUUUCUUAACAGAAAUGUUAAUGAAGGAUUUAGUGGUGGUGAAAGAAAGCGCAAUGAGAUUUUACAACUUGCGGUUCUGGGUGCGGACAUGGCCAUAUUGGAUGAAAUUGAUUCAGGGUUGGAUAUUGAUGCACUCAAAGAUGUUGCAAAAGCAGUGAAUGGGAUAUUGACUCCAAAGAACUCUGUUUUGAUGAUUACCCAUUAUCUACGACUUUUGGAAUUCAUUCAGCCCACAUAUAUUCACAUAAUGGAGGGUGGGAGAAUUGUAAAGACGGGGGAUAUCUCUAUUGCAAAGACUCUUGAAAAGGAAGGUUAUAAAGCAAUCUCUCCCUCCUAAUUGCAGGUCAAUUAUAAUAGGUACUCUCUCUCUCUCUCUCUCUCACUGAAGGAACUUAGCUUGCACUUGUUAAUUUCACUUCUCUUUGUUUGUAAUGGAUUGGUUUUAUGCCUAAGCAUUAUGUGUGGAGAUAAUUGAUGUAGAGAGCAGUGUUUUAACUGUAUUAUCUAAUAUAAUAGUUCUACUUGGAUUGGGGACAAAUA